AUGGGAUCAUAUUUUUCAAGACGUGUUAAUACACAACCAACAACAAAUAAUCAAAAUAAUUCCAUGUCUGCAUCUUCAUCAACCACCAGCGAUAGCAACAUGCAACAACAUUCGAAUAUCGAGGAAGAAACUAAACAUGCAGAAAACCAAAUUAAAGAUGGAAUUCUCGAUCCACAAGAACAUGAACAUGCCAAGUCACUCACAUCUGUCAAGUUAAAAUUCUCCAACAAAUUAGAAUCGAAUUUUAACAAUCAAGAAUCCAAAAUUAAUUCCAUCUGCAAGGCCGAAGGAAUGAAUUUGAGCAUUGAAUUGAAAAACGAAACUAGUUUUCAAUUUAGAACUCCAAAUAAUUUCAAUUCAGAAAAUUAUCCAAUCAUGUAUGAUGUUAAAGAAAGUGGAAGAAUUUGUGUGUACAAAUUUUAUCCAAAUGAACUAUUCGAAUUGAAAGAAACAGAGAGACACAUGUUGAUUAUUCCAGUAAUUGUAAAGAUUGAUCAGAAAAAGAGCAAUGGCAACUUGAUUUUGAAACUAAACGAAAGAAAGUUUGCAGUGGCUUAUAUUACCAAUGAUUCGUGUGGACAAGUAUACGAAAGUUUUAGAAACAAUUACAAAACAGAAAAUAUUCAAUUUUUGAAUGUAUUUUUCAAAAACAAGCAACCAUGCCUUUCCUCACUUUCUACAUUUAUUUCAUUUGAUUUAUCCAUUGGUGAUGAAAAGGAUUUUAACAUUGAAUUGUGUCGUUCCAUUCAGGGAAAUGCUUUACAGUUUGCACUUGUGGAUGAAAGUUUUGAUUUGACAACACCUAAUUAUUACAAUUCGCAAAUGAAUGAGCUAUUUCCAAUUUUCUAUCAAUAUACCAAUGUAGGACCUUUGAUUUUCAAAUUUGAGGAACCUUAUGUGUAUGUGGAAUUCAAUGAGGGAAGAAUGGUUAUUCCUAUUAUGGUUGAAAGAUUUGAUCAACAAGUUCAUGUAGAUUUUGUUUUGGAUUUAAUUGAUGCUAAUGAUGGAAAUGUAUGUAUUGAAACAAACAUGGAAUGUACUCAAUCAGUCAAUCAAGUUUGUUUCCAACACUUCCAAAAUACGAAAAGGAAACAAGAAACUGCAAGUGUUAUCGAAGAAGAUAGUUUAUUCCAUGAAAAUGUCAAGUUUAUCCAAAGCACCUCUCGUGUACUUGUUUUCUUCGAGGAUUGCACCACUGGUGGAAAUAAUUCUCAACAAUCAAAAUAA